CUUUCUUAGACUUUCUUAGACUUUCUUAGACUUUCUUAGACUUUCUUAGAGUGUAGAGUAGUAUAUAUCUAUAAUGAAUACAGAAUAUAAUAGCAGCAGUAGUUGAUGUAUUAUCUAAUCGCCUUAUCGGGAUCGAGCGGCUCAGACCUCGACUCCCACUUCACCACAUUUCACAUUUCACACUUCAUCACGAGCAAUUGGCAGCAAGAUGAGCUUACUCUGGCAGACUAUCACUGAGGUUUAUCCUCCCGGGCCUACUUUGACUGAGAAGGAUGUUCCGGAUCUGUCUGGGAAGACAUACCUCGUCACCGGCGGCACAGCAGGAAUCGGCCUCGAGCUCGUGCGCAUUCUCUUUUGGAAAAACGCAACCGUCUACAUCGCCGCCCGCAGCGCCGACCUGUUCAAGCAAGCGAGCGAGGACAUCAUGGAGAACAGCGCCAAGUUCACGAAAGCGCCCGCGCUCGGCCGUCUCGAGCUCGUGCUUCUCGAUCUCGCGGACCUGACGACGAUCAAGCCCGCGGUCGAGGAGCUCAAGACGAAGAUUGGCAGUUUGGAUUCGGUGUGGUAUAACGCGGGCGUGAUGGAGCCGCCGGAGGGGUCGAAGACCGUGCAGGGAUACGAGCUGCAAUGGGGCGUCAACGUCGUCGGGCAUUAUGUGCUCAACCGGUAUCUGACGCCGUUGAUUGUCGAAGGCGCAAAGAAGAACGCGGACACGCCCGGAAGCACGCGGGUGAUCUGGGUGGCUUCGGACGCAAACAACUUCUCGCCGGCGCCGGACGGGGUCAAUUGGGAUGAUCCGAACUUUGAAAAGACAGAGGGAAGUCAGUUUUUGAAGUAUUCACAGAGCAAGGCCGGUGAUAUCUUGCUUUCGAGGGAGAUGGCUGAUCAGAUGAAGGAGAAGGACACUGGUGUUCUUAGCUUGUCUCUCAAUCCAGGCCAUCUCAAGUCGCAGCUGUUCCGCAGCAUGCCUCCCUGGCGCCAGAAACUCGCCUCCGUCUUCUCGUUCGACCCCCGCCUGGGCGCACUCACCGAGAUCUUCGCCGGCUUCUCGCCGCAGAUCACGACCGAGCACAACGGCGCGUACUUUGUUCCGUGGGGCCGGUUUGGCUCGCCGAGAGGGACUAUUGUCGAGGGCAUUGAGAAGAGACAGACUGCGACGAGGCUGUGGGGUACGCUUGAUAACGAGACGAGGAUGUAUUAGUUGUGCUUUGUAUAAGUUGACUAGCUGGAAUAUGAUAUGGGGACCAGGUAGAGAGCCCUGAUUAUACACCACCGCGCACCACCACCACCACGCUCUUUCUUUCUCUGAUUAUUCUCUCUGCUGCUUAUCAAACAGCAAACAAACACAAUUGAGUCAUAAAACUUGUAGAAACACAAAAACAGGCGGGAAGCAGUGCAGUGACUCAUCGUGGAGGAGUUGCUCAGCUGUCAGCAGGUUUAGGGCUUGAAUCUGAAUAUUUCUCGGAGUUUACAUUUAAGAAGAUAUUCU